AUGCCGGAUCUUCGACGCCGGGCUUUGCUAAUAUUAUCGGCGGCGGCGGUCGCUUUAGCGCAGGAGACGGGCGCGGACGCGUGCACCGACGUCCACAUCUUCCUGUCGCGCGGCAACAACGAGCCGUACCCGGGGCGCCAGGGGAAGCUCGUCCAGGCCAUCUGCGCGGGGCUCGAGAGCUGCGACUACGAGGACGUCGCGUUCAACAACGCCCUCGAGGUCGAGUAUUGCGGCGCCGUGGAGGAAGGCCGGAAAGCUGGUGUCGAGCAGAUAACCGCGUAUAACAAGAGGUGUCCGCGCGCGAAGCUCGUCGUCAGCGGUUACUCCCAGGGCGCGCAUGUUCUGGGCGAUAUCCUCGGUGGCGGCGGCGGUGUUUUCUUCCAGGGCUGCACGACGCCUACUACCCCGGGUUUAGAUCCGGAUUCAGCUCCCGGGCGUGCCGGUAAGUUUGGAUCCCCUAACCAUCUCCCGUAUAACACGCUGGAGGGCGCCCCGUUCAACGGGUUAUUUCCCCGGGGCGGCGCGCAACUUGAAGGCCUCCACAACUUCGCAGGAGUACUCCGAGACUGGUGUCAAGGGGAUGAUCCGAUUUGCGCGCAGGGCGAUGGUAAACGAGCGUAUAACGUUGAGCAUCACUUGAAUUAUUUCGACGUGUACUCCGACGCAGCUGCAGAAUGGGUCAAAUCGAUGUUAGGCGACGCUAGUACGCCGUCGCCGUCGUCUAGUUCUACGACAGAAUCUAGUAAAAUUACCCCAUCAUCCUCAAGUGGCCCGAGCACGUCGUCUAUUGAGGAGACAAGUUCUUCGGAAGUAACAACAACCACCACUACGACAUCGGGAACGCGGAGCACGUCUAUCUCAUCGGAACUUGUGAGUUCCAGUUCUCCGUCUACAACUCACACUUCGACGCCACUUCCAGAAGCUACAAAUACAGACGCUCCUCCUACGCCGACAACGUCAUCUACGAGCCAUGAAGGAAGCGCUCGAGGUCACCGGGGCUUUAAAGGGCAUAUUGGAUUAUCCAUAGUAUCUUCGUUUCUAUUUGUGAUAGCUUAA